AUGGGCUCUGUCCAACCGCCAACGAAGCCUUGCCACAACUGCCGCCGGCAGAGGCUCCGUUGUGAUCGGUCGUACCCACACUGCAACAAGUGUGCCGCCUCUGGCAAGGAGUGUCUCGGCUAUGGGAAGCUGUUUCGUUGGACGGGAGCCAUCGCCAGCCGGGGGAAGCUGGCCGGCCGCACGUCGAGCGCGCCCGUUGCGGCUGAGACCCAGAAUGAGAAUGAGCAUGAGAACAGGAUUGGAAAUGACAGAGACGCAGAGCUAGAGCCCGAGAUAGACGCGGAAGCCGACGCAGAGGCCCUGUCGCCUGCUCUGGCGGUGGCCAAGGUGCGCUCUAGGAGGAGCUCAUCAAUGUCUCACAGAGUCUCCGUAAUACCAUGGAAUGGCUAUUACGGAAGAAGCAUGUCGGCUGGUGCAGAAGCGCCGCUGUCCACCCCUUUGCCCAGGUCUCCCUAUAUCAAACCAAGCAGUCCUUGGGUGCUGGCCGAUCCGCUAUUUCAGGAUCUGAAUCAGUCUGACCGGUUCUAUCUCAACUAUUUUACGACCCGCCUGUGCAAAGAUCUAGUGUCUACCGAUGGGCCAGAGUGCAAUCCUUUUCGCAGCCUUAUACCACUGACCCGUGCUCAUCCGCUGUUGCAACACAUUAUAGUUGCAGCCUCGGCGGCUCACAUGUCUAACUUGAUAACUAUGGGUCUGCCGUAUGACGACAGUGGCCUCGUAGCUGCGAAUCCGAGCGCGGCAUCUAAAAAGGCACUCAACGAUGCACUGGUCGCCAAACACACAGCGUUGCGGCUGAUGUCUGCUGCCAUUCAAAACCUCGAUACUAUGAAUGGCGACGUCGUCCUUGCAGCGUCGCUUUUCUUCAUCAACGUAGAGUUGAUUGAGUCUGGAAAGCAUGGUUGGAGAGCGCAUCUGGAAGGAGCGGCAAAAAUCAUGUCAUUCAUACAGCUCACCCAAGCGUGGGAUAGUUCACUGCGGGACUACCUCCUCUCGGAUUGCUUUAUCUACUUUAUCCUCGCCUCGGCAUUUAUGCCAACGCGAUACGCAACGUCUUUGAACUUUGAGUCCUCACAGAUUCCUUUUGUGCUCGGCAAGACGGUAGCGAAUAGCUACUUGUGCUGCCCACCAGAACUGAUGGAAAUCCUGCACACUGCCUCCCAGCUUUCGAACAACGCAGUCAAUGAUCAACCCAACGAGGAAACUACCAUGGCUGGCAUAGAGCUGGUUAAACGUGCUCAAGCCUACGACAUCUAUGGAUGGGCUCGCGACACGGCGAAAGUCCUUUCUUUGUCAAACGAGUCGAUGCAAAGUCGCAUGCACGCAGGAUCAGCUCAUCGCCUGGCUGCUUGUAUAUACAUUUUGCAAGCUGUACCGUCUGUCGGAGAGAGACUUGGCCCGGAAUUUGUAGCCUUUUUAACCGAUGACUUGUUGGCACAUCUGAACAUGAUUCCCGUCGAAGACCCCAACUUCAAAGCAACGACGUGGCCAACCUUCAUCAUUGGCGCAGAGACUAGGAAUCCAGAACGACAAAAACUUAUCAUGGAAAGACUACGGAUAAUGACGACAGUAUGUCCGUGGGGCUUCAUCCACACCGCCAUGGAAACGCUCCAAGUUAUCUGGAACCUAGCAGCAGAGGAAAGAGGGUCAAAGAGUUGGGUGCAGACGCUCAGAGACCCGGAAAUGAACUUUUUAAUUGUUUGA